AGGACCUGACACAUCCCUAUUGCUCCUCUCUUGUAAGAGACCUGUAGGAGUAAGUGUGUUGUUAUAAGUAAAGUGCUGGAGGUGUAUGGGAACUGACAUAAUGAACCUGCACGGAAACGGAUCAGAGUUGAUCUCGUCUGCUGGACUUCUGGGAAAUGGAGGUAGGAAUUUUUCAAACGGGUGUAACAGGAAUGAAGACACCGAUGUGAAUUACUUUCCGUCAGGCAACUGGACUCAUGGCGUCAGGGGUUACAGUGAAGAAGGGAGGAUCCUGGCAUCAUCGCUGUGUGCAACGGGGAUGACGGCAGUGGACAAGAACUGGGCAGCGUUGCUGAUCCUGGCGGUCAUCGCCGUUACAGUGACGGGUAACAUCCUGGUUAUCAUGGCUGUGUCUCUGGAGAAGAAGCUCCAGAAUGCCACCAACUAUUUCCUGAUGUCGCUGGCAGUCGCUGACAUGCUUCUGGGCAUCCUGGUCAUGCCCAUCUCCAUGGUCACCAUUCUCUAUGACUACUGGUGGCCCCUGCCCUCUGACCUGUGCCCUGUCUGGAUCUAUCUGGAUGUGCUGUUCUCCACAGCCUCCAUUAUGCACCUGUGUGCCAUCUCUCUGGACCGCUACAUCGCCAUCAGAAACCCCCUCCACCACAGCCGCUUCAACUCCCGAACCAAGGCCCGCCUCAAGAUCAUGGCUGUCUGGACCAUCUCUGUGGGUAUCUCCAUGCCCAUCCCCGUCCUAGGCCUGCGGGACCACACCAAGGUGUUUAAAAAGGGCAGCUGCCUGUUGACAGACGACAGUUUCGUCCUGGUGGGCUCCUUCGUGGCCUUCUUCAUCCCCCUCACGAUCAUGGUGGUCACCUACUUCCUCACCAUCAGCGCCCUGCAGAACGAGGCUACCCUCUGCCUGGACCAGCUGGUGCCCCGGCCGAAUAGGAUCGCCACCCUGACCCUGGGCUUCCUCCCGCAGGGCUCACUCUCCUCAGAGAAGCUCUUCUUCAGGCGUUCGCUCAGCCGUGACAUGGGAGGGGUAGGAGGAGGGGUCGGUGGGGUCAGUGUGGACCUGAGGUACGGGCGUCGCACCAUGCAGUCAAUCAGCAACGAGCAGAAGGCCUCCAAGGUCCUGGGAAUGGUCUUCUUCUUGUUCGUGGUCAUGUGGUGUCCCUUCUUCAUCACCAAUGUGUUGGCAGUGGUGUGCGACCCUGUGAACUGUGAUCCGGGGGUGAUGGGGGGGCUGCUGAAUGUGUUUGUGUGGGUGGGAUACCUCUCCUCAGCCAUCAACCCUCUGGUGUACACUUUGUUCAACAAGACGUACCGUGCAGCCUUCUCCCGCUACGUACGCUGCCAGUACAGCCCGGAGAGGAAGCCUCUGCAGCUCAUACUGGUUAACACCAUCCCUCCGCUGGCCUACAACUCCACCCACCUGCCCCUGGAGGAAAUGGGGUCCCUCAGGAAUGGGGUCCACAGCAGUGGAGGACCCAGGGACUCCCUACGAAACCUUGUGAGGACCAAAUCAAACUCAGACAAACACAAAGCAACCAGGGACAAAGAUGAGAGCAUCAGCUGUGUGUGAGGCUGUGAGCCUGUAAGGACUCAAUCUCCCAUAAUCCCAGUGGAAUGUGCUGGGUUUUUAUUAGAUUUCCCAUCUCCAUCUUGUUUUGGUAGGGAAACACUUGGAACGGGGGUUCCUGUGCUGGAGCAUGCUCAGUAGUUCCAGGGUGAGACUCACGCUGCCAGGAAACAGGGAAAUAGGAAACAGGAAGGACAGAGAGAGGAAAGACAAUACCUGCCUCACAAAAACUUAACCUAGUAACACUAGAAGAGAACAACUGAGCUAAUACUAUAUUAUCAGCAACAGCAAGUCCCCCCCCCAAAACAAACAACAUACACCACAUACAAAAUCUAUAUUUGUGUAUACAUUGUGCACAUACGUAAAUAAAUACCUGUAUGUUCUGUUUUUGUUGUCAUUAACCAAAGAGAAAAACCUAUCUUGUGAUCUUGUGUUUUCCUUGACGCAGUAUUAAAAUACAGAAAUGUGUAAUGGUGGGAUGUAGGCUAAAUUAAGAUAUGUUGAGGGAUUCCUAGGCAUAGCUCAAUGGACUAAACAACCUUACUUUUAAAGGCAUGGGACUCAU